GCCCUCCCCUCGACACGCGCACUUGAGAGGGAGGACGGAGUGGGGAGACUGCCAGCCCUGGGUUGGAAUUCGUGGAAUGCCUUCGCGUGCAAUGUGAAUUCCUCAGCUAUUCUGACAGCCGCCAAUGAGAUAGUCAAUCUCGGACUGAAGGAUCUCGGAUAUGAAUAUGUCAACAUCGAUGAUUGCUGGUCUGUCAUCGAUGUUCGCAAUUCGACAACUCAGCGCAUCAUCCCUGACAUCACUAACUUUCCAGAUGGAAUUUCUGGGCUUGCAGAUCAGAUUCACGAUCUAGGCUUGAAGAUUGGGAUUUAUAGCAGUGAGUUUAGACUGGUCAUUCUCUCUCAUGAGGAUAAACAACUAAUCGUUCUUUUCUCAGGUGCCGGACUGACGACUUGUGCUGGAUACCCUGCGAGUCUGGGGUACGAGAAGGUCGAUGCCGAAGCAUUUGCUGAGUGGGGAAUUGACUAUCUUAAAUAUGACAAUUGCGGUGUCCCCAGUGACUGGGAGGAUACAUAUAGCGCUUGUGUUCCUGAUGGAAAUGAUAUAAAUACCAAUGGCACUUGUGUCGAUAUCACGAAUCCAGCACCUGAUGGCUAUGACUGGACGACAUCGAAGACCUUCACACGUUAUGCGGACAUGCGGGAUGCCCUUCUUAGCGUGAACCGAACAAUUUUGUACUCACUCUGCGAUUGGGGAUACGCAGAUGUGAAUACUUGGGGGAAUAAGACUGGUAAUUCCUGGCGCAUUUCCGGCGAUAUCACGGCAAACUGGACUCGGAUUGGCCAGAUCGCCAACGAGAACAGCUUCCUGAUGAAUUACGUCGACUUCUGGGGCCAUCCAGACCCAGACAUGCUAGAAGUAAACAACGGCAACCUCACAACGGCCGAGAACCGAGCACACUUUGCUCUGUGGGCGAUCAUGAAGUCUCCAUUGAUCAUAGGCACGGCACUGGAUAGCAUCAGCGAUGAGAAUCUCGCCAUUCUGAAGAACAAGUAUCUGCUAGACUUCCACCAAGACCCCAUAAUCGGACGCUCUGCCCGCCCAUACAAGUGGGGGUAUAACCCGGACUGGACCUUUGACCCAUACCAUCCAGCCGAGUACUGGUCUGGCCCGUCAUCCCUCUUCAAUGGUACGCUCGUGUUGAUGCUCAAUUCGGAGAACUCGACUGAAACUCGGACUGCGGUCUGGAGCGAGGUUCCAGAGCUUGGUGGCGAUGCGUAUGAUGUUGUUGAUGCAUGGUCUAAUGAGGAUCUGGGGUGCGUGAAGAAUGAAUAUAGUGUCUCAUUGGAAAGUCAUGAUGUUGCUGUUUUAGUUGUGAAGGGGGAGUGCUAA